AUGGCUGAUAGACUAAAUAUGAGGAUAGAAAGAAUAAAAAGAGUACUUUCUUCCUUCUUUUACACCGCAAAUUGGUGAACAAAUUCCCAAUGGUGUCAACACUGCCUUUAGAGAAAUAGGGAGGUAUGGGAGAAAGGUUAAGCUUCCCGCAACCUCCAAAACAAAAAUUAAGCCCAGCAAUUGAAAAGAUCUUGAAAACCACUUAGUAAUCCAGAAAUUUACAUUUUGACAAGAGCAGGGAUAACUCUGGUUCACAGUUGGCCUUAGUUACGAAUCUACCUAAAAACUUGUUAAUAAAGCUGCAGAUAGAGUGGGAAAAUCUUCUAAAGGAUUCCAGUAAAACAUUCACCAAACAACACAGAACACUAAUAGCGCUGAUCACAUUAUUCAUAGCUGUCACUCUACAACUACACAGACACAGCGCUUCGCUGCACAUACUUUAUUCGGAAUUCAGUACCAUGAAAACGCUUCUCUAAGAGGUCAAUGCAAUAAUCUCUUAUGGAUCUAGGAACACUGGCACUCAAAGUGUGGAUAACCCAAGGUAAUGAUGUCGUCACCAAGGGACGACAAGAAUAGAACCCAAAUCCCUUGACUCCCAAGCUCGUGUUUUCCACUAAUUGUGCUCCUUUCUACUCAUCCGAGAGCACCAAGUGGAAAGGGCUGGAGAAGGGAGCGGGCGCAAAUGAGCCCAGUCUGCGAGCUGGAGGCUGCACGGAGGGGCCCCAGGAUUCACUCUCGGCACUUUCCUUUUGUUUGGGCUGAGGACGAUGACAGCAGCAGCCACCACAAACCCCUGGGACCAAGAACUGGAACUAGACAAUGAGUUACAAGGCACUAAUAGUUCCGGAUCGUUGGGUGGUCUUGAUGUGCGAAGACGAAUUCCUAUAAAACUCAUCUCCAAACAAGGGGGCAAAGCCAAAGCUGCACCGCGGACUCCGAGAACUAUAAACAGGAUGCCUGCAAAGGCUCCACCUGGGGACGAAGAAGGAUUUGAUUAUAAUGAAGAAGAGCGGUAUGACUGUAAAGGGGGCGAGCUGUUUGGAAAUCAGCGAAGAUUUCCUGGACACCUUUUUUGGGACUUUCAGAUAAACAUCAUAGGUGAAAAGGAUGAUACACCAGUUCAUUUCUGUGACAAAUGUGGAUUGCCUAUUAAAAUCUAUGGGCGAAUGAUUCCAUGCAAGCAUGUUUUUUGCUAUGACUGUGCUAUUUUACAUGAAAAAAAGGGAGAUAAGAUGUGUCCAGGCUGUAGUGAUCCUGUGCAGCGAAUUGAGCAGUGUACACGAGGUUCUCUCUUCAUGUGUAGCAUUGUUCAAGGGUGCAAGAGAACAUACUUGUCUCAGAGAGACUUACAGGCUCACAUCAACCACCGCCACAUGAGAGCUGGAAAACCUGUCACCCGUGCUUCCAUCGAGAAUGUUCAUCCUCCUAUUGCCCCACCACCAGCUGAAAUCCCUGAGCGUUUUAUAAUGCCGCCAGACAAGCACCAUAUGAGCCAUAUUCCGCCAAAGCAGCACAUCAUGAUGCCGCCACCUCCUUUGCAACACGUGCCACAUGAGCACUAUAAUCAGCCUCAUGAGGAUAUUCGUGCUCCUCCAGCAGAAUUGUCCAUGGCUCCACCUCCACCUCGUUCGGUCAGUCAGGAAACCUUUCGUAUUUCAACAAGAAAACACAGCAAUUUAAUAACUGUCCCUAUUCAGGAUGACUCAAAUUCAGGUGCUAGAGAACCACCACCUCCUGCCCCAGCACCUGCUCACCAUCAUCCUGAAUAUCAGGGUCAACCAGUGGUAUCGCACCCUCAUCAUAUUAUGCCUCCACAGCAACAUUAUGCACCACCCCCACCUCCUCCACCACCAAUAAGCCAUCCAAUGCCACAUCCUCCCCAGGCCGCAGGUACUCCUCACUUGGUUUAUAGCCAAGCUCCACCUCCACCAAUGACCUCUGCUCCACCACCAAUAACCCCUCCCCCUGGACAUAUUAUUGCCCAGAUGCCACCUUAUAUGAAUCAUCCUCCUCCAGGACCUCCCCCACCUCAACAUGGUGGUCCACCUGUAACUGCACCCCCUCCUCACCAUUAUAAUCCUAACUCUUUACCCCAGUUCACUGAAGAUCAAGGAACUCUGAGCCCUCCAUUUACACAACCAGGGGGAAUGAGUCCUGGUAUAUGGCCUGCACCAAGAGGGCCACCUCCUCCUCCACGAAUGCAGGGUCCGCCUUCUCAAACCCCACUUCCUGGACCACAUCAUCCAGAUCAGACAAGAUAUAGACCGUAUUACCAAUGAUAAUAGUAUUUUGAACUGAAGUAUGAUGAGGAGAAAAACUCAUGUAUAGUCAAUCUUUUAAUUAAGCUUUGACUGUUUGGGGAAGGGAAAGCACCUCUUACUGAGGUGGCUGUAAAACACUUAGGGUCUUGGCUCUUAAAAUGGUUUUAAAUCCUGACCUUAGGAUCGAUCGCAAGUACUAUACUGUAGUGCAGAUAAGCGGCUCAGUUGAGCACAGCUAUAUUUUAACACCUUUGUUCCCUUAGUGUGGUAAAUUGACCCAGAGGUGACCAUUUGUAAAAAAUUUGAAAAAAAUUUUUCAUUGUUCCACUUUCAGAAGAAUUGCUUUUGUUAAACCCAAUGUUUAGUUUUUCUUGUGAUACAUUUUGUUAACCUGUGUAAAAGGAUUAAAUUUCAAUAUGGUUGUAAAAAUGCUAUUUUUAUGUGAAUUUAAGUGCAGCCACAUACUGUUUUUUAAAACCAUAUGUUUUACCACUAAUUCCCGAAAGUUACAAUAAAAUCCUGAAAGUAAAAAUCUACUAGAAGUUACUGUAAGGCAGACUGUUAAAUGGUAGAGAAUUAUUUCACAUUUUAGGCACUGAAAUUUUGAGGUAUAUUAAGUAAACAAUGCACUUCACUUGGAUGCCUUUUCAUUUUUAGGCGGCCUCAGGAGCACCAAAAUACAUUGGAGUUCUAGUCCUAAGAUAUAUUUAUGUUUGUGAUAUUAAAAGGCAUUACUGAGUAUUUGGAAAGAUAUGGCCAAGUAAUCGACUCUACAGGCUCCAUGCUGUUGGGGAUGCUGUUACUCAUUAAUGCUUUUUACUGAAUGGUUGGAAUCACAUGAUGCACCACAUUUAUUAAUCUUAAGUAGCGUUAUUUUAUAGAACUGUUUCAAUGGUGUUAUUUAGAUGAAGUGUGUUCUACUCUGCUCAUUGUCUUAAACUAAAUAUUUAGGGCUGAAUAGGCUUUAUAUAAUUCCUCAUUUCAUGGUAGAGCUUGAUCCUGUACUUAAGUGGGUUCUUGUUUAUUGGGUUUUGAACUACAAUUUGAAUGCCGUGGAGGAAUUUGAAUACUGUAUUAAUGAAGGACAUUCUUGUAAUCACAGAUUUGCAUUGCUCAGGUUUCAUUGCUGUGUGGUAAGGGUUUUUUCUCUGACUUGAAAUUUAAAGGCUAUUAAUCAUCUCCUAUUCCUUUUAUUGGUUAAACAGUCUAGAACUUGCAACAUUUUAGCAUGGUGUCAACAGUGAAGACUACCAGAUGACUUUGUAUUGGAGAAGAGAAAAGUAAUGACUAAAUUGUGAAUUUCAGUGCUUUAUAAGGUGCCUUUAGAGUCAGCUUUUGCAUUAUAGGGGGCUUGUUACAGUCCAGCUAAGAUGACCACUUACAGUUUAUACAGAACUCAUAUGUAUAAAUCAGCAUUCUUAGGAUAUUAUUAUAUGUCCUUUGAAUAAACCCCUGUGAAUUAUUUCCUCUCCCCUAAAAUGGUGCAUAAUAUAAACAUGAAAUGUGUAGAAUGCAGAUAUCAUUUAUUAAAUAGUUUGUAGUGUAUAAAUUUAGGACAUAUUUCUUUUUGACAAAGGGUGAACUGAUUGCUAAUUUACCAUUUAAUUCUGUCAGGUACAGGAAAGACAACUUCUCAUCUUGCAUAAUCGGAUGCAAAGUCAUCUAUGAACUUAGAGCUGAAGUUAGAAAUAUUAUAAACGGCCGUUUCAACCUUGACCAGCCGAAAAUAACGAAUACACUUUUUUUUUAAGUUAAGUGAUUUUUCACAGCUAGCAGUUUGAGAGUCAGUGUUACUGCAAUAUUUCUAGUGAGCAGUUCUUGUUAUUAGAAGCAUGGGAGUGAAAUAGUGUGAGAUGGUGGUGGUAAGUGCUUCUGUCAUAUUACUGUAGGUACUCAGACUGGCGCGAACUUGAUUCCCUUUCACGCCCUCGUUUAGGAACUGUUAAAAUAUGACUGUUGAAAAUCCAAUACCGUUCUUUGUUUCAUGUAAUAAGAAAAUAGCCAAAUUCACUUUAGAGCUUCUCAACUAUUUAUGAAGAGCUCUCCUGUUUUUAUUGAAAUUCACUAGAGUUCACUGUGGUAUGAAACCACUUAGUCUAUGUAUCAGACGAAAAAAUUAGUAUCAUAAAAUUCCACAUGUUAAGAGAAUUCUCGUAGGCUUUUAAAAAAAUGAUUUAUUUUCAGUUAGGUUUAAGAAAUACAUGUUAUGCAGGGAGGCACAUCAGAUGAAUGUGUUGUAGCAGACAAAAUUUUUAAAUGGUGUUAGACUUGAAUUCAUCCAGUUUGAAUGAGGGUGGGUGGGUAGAAAGACGGCAAAGUUCCUGUUAGUGUUUCUUUCCUUAAGGAAAAAGAUGUGAAUCCCAGCCUUAUUUCAGGGAAGCCUUUGAAGCUAUGAUGGACAUAAGUCUAAAUUAAAUGUAUGUAUGUUUCAUUAUAUUGCUCUUAAGACUACUGAGGUGGCAGUUUAAUUCUUAAAAACAAUAAAAUGGAAGCAUAAAUACUA